GCUCCGCCGCCGCCCCUUCUCGCCGUCCCGGUGUGAUUCAGCAGCAGCGGGGCCUGGCCGCGCCGCGCUCGCGAUGCUGGCGGAGGGCGGCUCCCGGGGGCAGCGCGGUCGGGCCCGGGGGUGGCUCCUCUCGGUGGUUCUCCGUGGUUCCGGCGCCUGCCCGAGUGCUUCCCCGCCGUGAAUUUGCUUUCUCAGAGCUGUUGGAAUUCGGGGGAAGGGUGAAUGCCCACCGCUGGGAGAUAGCUUCCUUGCUGCAGUAACCAAAUCUUCUGUGGAAAGCCCUUUUCUUCUGGUUUGGGUUCUAAAUGGCUUCUAAGAAGUUGGGAUCCGACUCUCACGGGCCUUUCAGCUAUCUUGAUGAUGUCCCAUUUAAAAUAGGAGACAAAUUUAAAACCCCUGCGAAGGUUGGAUUACCCAUUGGUUUCUGCCUGCCUGAUUCUUUUCAGCUUGUCAGAGAAGCCCAGUAUGACUUCUCCCUGGAAAAGAAAACAAUUGAAUGGGCUGAAGAUAUCAAAAAAAUUCAAGCUGCCCAGAGAGAAGCUGAACGCAAGGCCGAAGAAGCAAUAGCAAACUCAAAAGUGGCUCCAGAGGACAGCAGUAGAAUGGGGUUCUCAGAGGGACCUUGCCCCGAGGCCAUGCCUCCACCUAUUAACCCCAUACUUGCUAGUCUGCAGCACAAUAGUAUUCUUACUCCUACUCCAGCCAACAGCAGUGCAGUGAAGCAAAAAGUUCUUAGUCCACCUCAUCCAAAAGCAGAUUUCAACCCAGCUGAUUUUGAAUGUGAAGAAGACCCAUUUGACAAACUGGAAUUGAAAACGAUCGAUGAUAAGGAGGAAUUAAAAAACAUCCUUGAAAUUCAUGUUGGUACGACUGGGCCAGUUGUCGCCCAGCUGCUAGACAACAGUUUGCCCAAAGGAAGGUCUGAGUCUGUGUUACAAGAUCAGGAAGUUUUGGCAUCCAUAGAAAGGGCUGCGUUGGACCUCAAGCCCCUUCACAAACCCAAUGGCUUUAUCACUUUACCGCAACUGGGAAACUGUGAAAAGAUGUCCUUGUCUUCCAAAGUGUCCCUGUCCCCUAUCACUUCAGUGAGCAAUAUCAAAUCCCUGUCCUUUCCUAAACUUGACUCGGAUGAGAGUGAUCAAAAAUCGUCCAAGCUCAUGAGCACUUUCCACAGCACUAGCUGUCUCCGCAAUAGCACUUUUCUCAGCUCUUUGCAGACCUGUGCUCAGAAUAAAGCUAGCGAACUGAAUGGACACCAUAUGGUUGAUCUUUCUGCUGUAAAUGAGGACAGUGGAAUGGAGACAUCAACAUUAUCCUCUUCAUCCAGACUGCCGUCCCUGGCUUUGUCAACACUGUGUACAGAAGAGCAAAGCACAGUGACCACGGUACAUCCAGACAAGGAGACAGAAAUCCCCAUGGUAACACACCAAAAUUUUCCACUGUCUAAAGUGCCCAACAGUACGAGCUGCACAAAGCAGUCGGGUGUCCCUUUUCCUGAGUUACAGCAGGCUCUCUCUGCUAGUGAGAGGCAGUGUGUAGAGACAGUUGUCAACAUGGGCUAUUCGCCUGAGAAUGUUCUGAAAGCCAUGAAGAAGAAGGGGCAAAACAUAGACCAGGUUUUGGAUUACCUGUUUGCACAUGGACAGCUUUGUGAGAAGGGCUUUGAUCCACUUCUUGUUGAAGCAGCUUUGGAGAUGCACCAGUGUUCAGAGGAGAAGAUCAUGGAACUUCUCCAGCUAAUGAGUCAAUUUAAAGAAAUGGGCUUUGAACUAAAGGACAUUAAGGAGGUCUUAUUAUUACAUAACAAUGACCAACAAAAUGCUUUGGAAGAUCUAAUGGCCCGUGCAGGAGCCAGCUGAAGACACAUUCCUGAGUUCUUGGCGUGCAAUGGAACAGCCCCACCACCUUCACAUUCAGUGUGACUUGCUCUCAGCAAGGAGUACAGUUUUUUGCAUACAUGGGAAAGUGACUGAGCAAGCCUGCCUGCGUGCGUCACUCCAGCAUUUCUCUUUUCACUGGGAGCCAACUUUCUUUCUUAAAUUAAAUUUUGAAGUGUCCUUUCCUAAGUUUCCUUUUUCCAGCUUGGCCACGGAGAGUUUAGACUGCCCAGCCGCUACUGGAAUUGUAUAUAGUCAGAGACAGGAGUGGUCCUCCUCACUGUUGCACUGGAGUUGGACAGGGGAUUACUAAAUUUGUUCUGAAACAUAAUGCUUUGGUUCUUUGAAGCUGCUUUCUUGGUGUCUGCUUGUACUGAUUACUUGACUGUCACAGUCCAGAUUAUCUGGUUAAAUUUGACCUUUAGUGCAAUGGAGUUUUAUUUUUUGGUUGAAAGUUAGCCUGUAACUUAGUGAAACACUGGUUUGGAAAUUGUCGCCAUGCAUAAAGAGAGAAGCUGUUCCUCUUGUUUCUUCUUUAACCCAUGGAUCCAACACUUCUGCCAGACAUAAGUGUCCUAUGCUGAGUGGUUGUAAGUUCUCUUGAAAUACUACCCGGACCUGCAAUUUGUGGUGGUUCUUGAACCCGAAGGCAGAGAGCUGGGGCUCAGUAUUCUUAAUCCCCCAGGCUUGUAGGAUAUUUAAGAAAAUGCUCCGCUAGGAAAUCAGUUAUCUUUUGUUUUAAAUAAUACUCAGUGUGAUGCAGGAGGUUUCUUUCAAGCACUUUCUUUAAAAUAAACAUACUCACUGCAUUAGUUCCAUUUUUCACACUGCUAUAGAAUUACAUAAUAACACCUAGUGCUAGAAAUCAGGUAAUCAUAGAAUCAUAGGAGUUGGAAGGGACCUCUGGAGAUAGAGUCCAACUGCUUCCUAAAGCAGGUUCCCUGCAGUAGGUUGCCUAGGAGAGUGUCUGGGUGGGUUUUGAAAUCUCCAGAGCAGGAGACUCCACCACCUCUCUGUGCAGCAUAUCCCAGUGCUCUGUCACACUCUUAAACAAACACUUGUGGAAUCCAUCCAACAUCAAAACGUCAGUUUCCUCAGAAAAAUGUGGAAGCACAGAAAGCGUGUCUUGAAAGGGCUUCUCCUAUAAUAGCUAUUUAAUAAGCAAGAAAAAAUUCUAUUGCUUCUGUUCCUGGCGAAUUUACUCAAUUUUCCAGAAGGCAAAUCCUUUCAAUGAAUAUCAGAGUAACUUGCAAGAAGCUGAAGUUCCAGAGAUACAAGUAUCAGCUCUGCAAUUUUUUCCUGGAGUUCUAAUGCUGCCUCUUGUUUCAGACCAGUCAGAUGAUAUCAGGAGCACUGCCUCUGCUGCUGGUUGUAACUCCUGUCUUGUUACUUCUGUAGGAGCUGCUGGAGGAGCCAUUGUGCGUACUGCUCUUGUGGUGAGUGGUUGAUGUGGUGAUGCUGCCUAGCAUGUUGCUUGUUAAAGUUGAUGGGAGAUCAUCUAAAAACACAGGAGGACAAUUCUGUGAAUCAACUGGGAUUAGUGAAAAGAAAUCCAAACCUGUCACAUCUGAGGAAAUGCUGGAUAUUGGAGGAUGAUGGAAUAGCAUGGGACAGUGUUAACGGAGGAACAGCAGCAGCAUCAGCUCUGACAGACAAUGGCUGAUACAUGAGAACCCUCUUGGUUGGGCUUCCUUGUGUUUCCAACAAGAAUAUGUACUUUGUUUUGGCAGGAGGACCUUCUACUUCAUCAAAAGAGUUUUUAGUUGUCAAGUCAGUGAUACCAACUUUCUUCUUGUUUUCCUCAUUCCCCCCAUCAUGGAACAUGGUUUCCUAACAACACUGGAUCUUUCUGUAUUGGUGCCCUAUGGACUUCAGAUUAUCACGGCAUCUUUUUUAGGCCUUCUGGGGUACAAGGAACCAUCUUCUUGGAAUCUCAUCCGCACCUGAACAUUCAUCAAGGACUUCCAUGAAGAGCCCAUCUAGUAUUAGGCUCUCAUAAGAUGCCUUUUUGUUGCAGACGGAACAGAUCCAGGUAGGCUUCUUAUAGAAUCAUUCAUUUGAAGAUGAAGAAUAGCAUCAAAACAUUGCAGGUGUGUAUGAGUAACAGCCCAGCAUAGGAUUGUCAGUCUCAUUUUUCCCAAAGGGCACAUCAGAGAUAACUGCAGACUGGUUGUGGCAAUUUCACUAUCAGGAUCUGUACUUAGUUUAAUUAGUGCUCUAGAAUGAUCAGGGUUUUGGAUACCAUUUGUUUUUAACCUCUGCAAAAGCACAGCUGAAGUGAGCUGACAAAUGAGAUACACAGACAUGGAGUAAUUCUUUCCAGUUUCAGAAGCCUAGGAAAUAGAAAUCUGUUUUGGCACUGCUGAUGACAACCUAACUAGAGAUGUUAUAUUCAAGGGGCACCCGGGUUCCUUCUGUUUAAUUCCAUUUGCUGGUGGUGGAGUGUAUCCAGCAAUUGGAACAGCUUCCUAUUUACAUUAAUGCACAAACUAUUAGGGUAAUUAUCUUCUUGAGGACAGUUUGUCACUGUCUGGCAUAAUCUUAGCUGAACUUGGACUUGGUAAUCUCUUUUGUCCUCUGGCAAGCAGUCCCUGGAAAUAACAGAUUUCUCUGACCUGCUGAGGUUAAAGCAAAGAUUAAAAUCUUAUCAUGGAACCUCUGAAUACUGCUCUGUACUAAACUUGUAGGCUUGAUGAGUACAUGAAGUGCAUUGUAAAAAGGCAGGCUUUGCAGCUGAAUGUCAGGAUGGACGAGUGGGAUGGAAGGGGAUGGCUGCUGCAUCUUGAAGUGAGCCUUAGUGUCUUGCAGGAACAUGAAGAUGACAGGCAAGGAAGGAAACUGAGGUGUGGCUGAAGUAGAAGGGAGCAGGUGAAUCCUAGCAAUAGCCCAGUCAGGCUCCGUAGGAGAGGAACUGCUAUCCAGAUGAAAACCAGCACGUUUUAUAGCUGAUAAAUCCAAGAGUCCUUUGAUUGUCUUUGGGUACCUACACCUUCAGAGUUCAGAGAAUCAUAAUGAUUGGUAGGGACCUCUGGGGAUCAUCUAGUCCUGCUCCCUUCUAAAGCAGGUUCCUUACAGUAGAUUGCAAUUGGAAAGUGUCGAGGCAGGUCUUGAAUAUCUCCAGAGAAGGACAUACCACAGCCUCUUUUGGGCAGCCUGUUCCAGUGCUCUGUCAUUCUCACAGUAAAUAAGUUCUUUUGCAUGUUUUUGUGGAACUUCCUGUGUUUCCAUUUGGGCCCAUUGCCCCUUUUCCUGUCACUGGGCACCAUGAAAAAGAGUCCAGCCCCAUCCACUUGAUUCCUGCGCACAGAUAUUUAUAAGCAUUGAUGAGAUUCCCCCUCAGACUUCUCCAGGCUGAACAGCCCCAGGUCUCCCAUCCGUUCCUCAUGCAGGAGAUGCUCCAGGCUCACAGCCAUCUCUGUGGCCCUCCGCUGGACUCUCUGCAGUAGUUCCCUGCCUUGCUUGAACUGGGCAGCCCAGAACUGGGCACAGCACUCCAGACGUGGCCUCGCCAGGGCAGAGAGGAGGAGGAUCACCUCCCUCGACCUGCUGGCCACACUCUUUUUAAUGCACCCCAGGACACCAUUGGCCUUCUUGGCCACAAGGGCUCAUGGCCAACCUGUUGUCCGCCAGGACCCCCAGGUCCUUCUGUGCAGAGCUCCUCUCCAGCAGGCCAGCCUCUAACCUGUGCUGAUGUGUGUGGUUAUUCCUCACUAGGUGUAGGAUUCUAUUCUUGAUCUUGUUGUGUCUCAUCAGGUUCCUCUCCGCCCAACUCAGUCUGUCCAGGUCUUGCUGAAUGGCAGCACAGCCUUCUGGUGUGUCAGCCGCUCCCUCCCAGCCUUGUAUCAUCAGCAAACUUGCUGAGGGUGGACUCUCCCUUCACGCAGGUCAUUGAUGAAGAUGUUGAGCAAGACUGGACCCAGCACCAUCUCCUAGGGAAUACCACUAGUUCCUGGAUUUUUAUCUGAACUACUGGGCUGCAGCCGCUCUUCAGCAAGUGCAGCGCUCUCACCAGGAAGUCGUUUCCGUCUGCUUUUAUUAUGCCCAAUGAAGCUCAACAACACUUGUAGUUCAGAAACACAAGAACUUUGCACCAUAUUCUGCAGUUCCUCGAGAUCUGCCAUUUUCUACACACUGAUAGUACCAAGUAUUAUGCUAUACAUUGUUCAAGUUCUAAAUACAUAAAAUAUCAGCGAUCCUGAGGAAUCUUUAAUUUGCUGAACAUUUUGAUUCUGCAGAAGAAUAACUAAUAAAGCCCUCAAAUGUAACUCCCAGUGUUGUGGUUCCCAUCUCUCAUGCUCUUUGACUUCAGCUGAUGAAGAACUUGCUGGAUCCUACAAGCCCAGGUCCUGCUUUCUCCUCUAGGCAUGCAUGGAUGUGGUCUGCUUUGGGCAGAGCUACCAGAGGUCUCCAGGCAGGUGGAUGCAGAGGUGGAAGGUGCUUCUUUUUUCUGUGGCUUAUUUUUGUUUUAUUACAAAAAAAAAAAAAAAAAAAUUAAAAAAAAUUAAAAAAAUUAAAAAAAAAAACAAACAAGCUUGGGGAUCAAAACUCAUGUUAGAACAUGGGGCUGGGAGUAUUGGACUUUAGGAGGGGAAGACAGCCCAGCUCCUUACCUCAAUUCACAUUUUUCAGUAGGAAGUUUUUUAGUUUAUCAGGACUCUGAAGGGGAUGGCAUUGGUUUCCAUUAUUUUAUUAAUAUACAUCCAAAACAUCUCAUCUGAGGUCAGUGUUAGCACCUGGAAUUCCAUGAGGUGCACAAUAUUAAUUACCUUUAUUUAAAACAGAAUGACGUUGAAAUGUAGCUGGCAAGGAAGCAUCUAGGAGAUCUGGGGAUAGAUGAUGAGCAGGACCAGGGCAGGUUUCCAAUGCACUGUAUCCUGUAGCACUGAGCCUCACCAGCUUCCAGCGAUGGGACUGAGGUCAAAACUUGUUUAAGAAGGGCAUUCCAGCUUGAAGGGCCAGCAAUUAAUGUCUAGUUCGGGCUGCCCCUGUGGGUUCAGGUAAAGAAGGUGCCCAGCUCCGCUUCCCUGAUGCAAAAUAUGACAGUUUGAAACAUGGAAAUAGGGUUUCUGAUAAGUCUGAAAAGCUGGUAAGCAACAAAAAACGUGCUUUACUGUUACUGCUGUGAGCACUUGGUUGUGUUGCUUGUUCAUCUUCUCACAUUUAAUUCCAAAAAGGUUCCUGUCUGGCAGUAGACAGUCCUGAACAGGCAAGAACUGUUGCCCGUGAAGAAGCAAACUAUUUAGAUCAAACCUCUGAAUGAAGUCAUCUCUCUGGUUAAUGUGUGUUAAGUUUUUGCACAGACACCGGAACCACUCUGUAAUAACCACUUUGCUCACAGAAGUUGUUCUAAAAGUGAGAAUGGAGAUACCAAUCUGUAGUAGUGAAAGAUGGGAAAUAAUACUUAUAAAGCCCAGCCUCUUGUUAUCCAAGAGACAUACCUAUGGGUGUUUUCCCUGCAGCGUUGCUCUUGCAUCUGCAGUAAGUUUUCUUGAUUUUGCAUCAUGGGGUGGCUGAAGUUGACAGGGAAUUAAGCCACAGAGUGGUGGGGAUUAACCAAGCGUGGUAGGGGAAAGGUGCUUCUGAAGAAGUGGCAUAAUGUGAUAAGAUUUGGAUGGUUUGGGCACCGUGCAUCGUUAGUUACUCUGGUACUGCUAUGGACAAAGCUCAGUCUGGAAGUGUAGGGUUGUGAGGCUGGGGCUCUCAGAUCAGCAGAUUGAUGUAUGUGCCUGGUAAAUGGCAUCCAAUGUUGUAACUUUGUCAGAAAGUUGUUCUGCCUUCUGUGCUAGCUGCUGCUGAAUACUGAGAUCUGUGUGUCAUGAUGAGAAGCAUGGAGGUAAAGUCCAAAGUGCAGACUGUGCUUGGAGCCAGGGCCCCUGUGCUGCCUGGCAGGCGCUGCUGGAGCUGACCCCACGCCGGCGAGUUGCCCUUGUGCUGUAGCAGGCGAGCUGGUUCCUGGUUCUGAUGUGGGUUUUCUGUGUGGCACCUGGCUGGGCAGCUCCCCUUGCCCUCUGCCAGCUGGGCAGGCAGCUCGCCUCUGCUGAGAUGAUCUUUUACAAUCAAACAUUUUUACAGUUAUUUGGAUCAUGUCUACUUUAGAAAUUUUACCAGAGUUCUGUAGUAAACUGAAUUUUAUUUUAAAUGAUGUAAAUUAUUCAAAUAAAAUAUCGAGCAUCU